AUGCCCAAUUCUCUGCUUCCCCCCAUCCCCUUCCCUGCUUUCCCCCACCCCCUUCCCUGCUCCCCCCCAUCCCCUUCCCUGCUUUCCCCCAUCCCCUUCUCUACUACCCCCCAUCCCCUUCCCUGCUUCCCCAUGUCCCCUUCCCUGCUUCCCCCCAUCCCCUUCCCUGCUUCUCCCCGUCCCCUUACCUGCUUCCCCCCCUCCUCUUCCUUGCUUCCCCUCAUCCCCUUCUCUGCUUCCCCUCAUCCCCUUCCCUGCUCCCCCCCAUCCCCUUCUCUGCUUCCCAACAUCCCCUUCCCUACUUCCCCAUGUAACCUUCCCUGCUUCCCCCCCUCCUCUUCCCUGCUUCCCCUCAUCCCCUUCUCUGCUUCCCCUCAUCCCCUUCCCUGCUCCCUUCUAUCCCCUUCUCUGCUUCCCAACAUCCCCUUCCCUGCUUCCCCAUGUCCCCUUCCCUGCUUCCCCCCCUCCUCUUUCCUGCUCCCCCCCAUCCCCUUCUCUGCUUCCCAGCAUCCCCUUCCCUGCUUCCCCAUGUCCCCUUCCUUGCUUCCCCCCUCCUCUUCCCUGCUUCCCCUCAUCCCCUUCUCUGCUUCCCCUCAUCCCCUUCCCUUCUCCCUUCCAUCCCCUUCUCUGCUUCCCAACAUCCCCUUCCCUGCUUCCCCAUGUCCCCUUCCCUGCUUCCCCCCCUCCUCUUCCCUGCUUCUCCUCAUCCCCUUCUCUGCUUCCCCCCAUCCCCUUCCCUGCUCUCCCCCAUCCCCUUCCCUGCUUCCCCCCAUUCCCAAGCCCUACUUCCCCCCAUCCCCUUCCCUGCUUUCCCCCCUCCCCUUCCCUGCUUUCCCCCUUCCCCUUACCUGCAUCCCCCCAUUCCCAUUCCCUCCUUCCCCAUGUCCCCUUCCCUGCUCCCCCCAAUCCCCUUCCCUGCUUCCCCCCAUCCCAUUCCCUGCUUUCCCCCAUCCCCUUCUCUUCUUCCCCUCAUCCCAUUCCCUGCUUUACCCCAUACCCUCCGCACUAUCUCCAGGCGUUGUCCUCAUCCUUCAAAACAACCUGCUUGCCACCCAUCCCACUGCUGUGCACUCUGCACAAAAGCAGAUCUACGACUGGAUCCGCCACGCCGCGGUGCAGGAGUAG